AUGCGGUCUGGUGAGCAGCUGGGCCAGAUGCUUUUACGGAAAGACGCUCCUUGGUGUUGGGACGACUGCUGCCGAGACGCGUUCAACGAAGUUAAAAGAAUGCUGUCAUCGCCGCAGGUGCUGGCCCACUACGACCCGGAUAGGCCAUUAAAGCUGGCCUGUGACGCAUCGCAGUAUGGGUUCACGUCAGAGGAGUUCAAGCAGUUUGUAAGGGAGAUGGGUUGCCGACACGUGCAAACAGCCCCCUACAAUCCCAGCACCAAUGGACUUGCGGAGCGUUUCGUACAGACCCUGAAGAACGCGCUAAAAAAGGAUGACGUGCAUCAACCUAUGAAGGUAAAGCUCAACAAGUUUCUGCUCGCUUAUCGCAACACGCCCCACGCUACGACACACGAGGCACCAGCCAACUUGUUGUUGGGGCGACGUUUGCGCACCCGCCUCGAUGUACUCAAACCCGCCGUGGGGGAAAGGGUGGCUUACAAUCAGUUCAGACAGACGGUGAACCGACAGUGUCGUGUGCGUGACGUGAGUGUUGGUGAUCAUGUACUUGCACGAAAUUACAGGGGACAGCCCAAAUGGGUACCAGCUGUGGUGAUGGCUCAAAGUGGACCAGUGUCUUUCAGGGUACGAGCGUCGACAUCUUCAGGAUGCUUCGAGUGGCGGCGCCACAAGAACCAGCUACUUCAAGGCACGGCAGGGCUUGCCGAAGACGUCGCGCAAGACGACGGUUUCUCCGUGUGGCCACAGAGUGACACCGAACCGGAGCCAGCACCUUCAUUGCCUGCAGCUAGGGUUUCGCCUUCACCACCGACGUUGCUGACAGACACUUCUCGAGGCGACCUGGAUCGGCGCUACCCGCUACGAAAUCGCCGACCGCCUGAUUGGUUCUGA